AUGGCACAACAAGCGGUCGAGCAUGACAUAGAACAGGACACCAACGGGCCCUCGGGCUCAAGAGCUGCGCCUUCUGACCUGCAAGAAACCGCACUUCCUCCAUCCUCCGACACUCAACCACCUGCACCUCUCGACGCCACGCUACCGCAAUCAGAGACUUGCGUUAUAUGUCUCGAUCACAUCACCGACAAAGCGAUCGCCCUGCCCUGUCGCCACGAACAAUUCGACUUCCCCUGCCUAGGAACAUGGCUACAACGGCAACAGGUAUGCCCGCUGUGCAAGGGCGAAGUCACGGCCAUCAAGUUCAAUGUGGGUGGAAAGGAGCGCGGAGGAAGCAAGAUAUUCCACCUGCCGCCACCAGAGGUUCCUGUUUCUGCACGGUCGGCACCAGGCGCUGCAAGGCAUCGCAGACCGAGAUAUAACAGGCCAUAUGCAAGAGGUGGUCGACAUGCGUCGUCCGGACAUACACCCGGCGAAGGAUCUCGAGACACCGCUCUCAACUUCCGACGACAAGUCUACCGCAAUAAAUUAUACUCGCUUCACGUCGGAAGCAACCGUAUUUCCCGCUACCGCAAUCUCACGCCCGAGUCGUUCGUCAAAGACGAGCAUCUGACAUCCCGGGCCAGAAUGUGGAUCAGGCGGGAGCUACAAGUCUUUGACUUUCUCAAUUCAAGCUCGCCCGCCGCCAGUUCCACGUCUGCAGACCGCAGAGCGAGCAAUGCGGAUUUCUUGCUUGAAUAUAUAGUUGCCAUCCUGAAAUCGAUUGACUUAAAGGGAAGCACCGGGCAAGCGGAGGAAUUGCUGAAGGACUUCUUGGGCAAAGACAAUGCGAAAUUGUUCUUGCACGAGCUGGAAUCGUGGUUGAGGAGCCCAUACGAGUAUUUGAAGGAUUGGGACCGCGCGGUUCAAUACGCGAUACCGGCGGAAGAGGUGGAAAGUGAGAACGGGACCAGCUCGAUGCGCAAUGGUGGCAGUCUUUGCCAUCGUCCGGUCCAGUCUCAGCCCCAGUCUCAGCCCCAGUCUCGGCGCGACAGGGAAACUGUGCCUGGCUGGUUCUCCGAUGGCUUUGUUCUUGGGGAUGAAGCCGUUCGAACUCGACCGGGGUGA